GAAUGCUGACGGGUCAGUUAAUUGCCGGUGCACCUAUCAUGGAUGCAAUAAAAUAUCAACAAAUUAUUAUGUUUAUGAUUUCUGCUUCAUCAGCUUUAGGUGUUCUUAUGUCGAUCUUUGCUUGUAUCAUCACAUGCAUUGAUACCUCCCAUCGCUUACGCAUUGAUCGGAUAUCAAAUUCUAAACCAUGGAUCUAUGUUAAACGUGAUCAGUUGAUUAAUAGCAUUAAACGUGGUGUAACUGGACUUAAAAAUAGUGUAUGUUGCUGUUUUUUGAGAUCUGAUAAACCUUCAGAUCAAGAUGAUCAUAUUUUGUUAUUAGGUGGAGAUACUUCAUAA